UCCCAGCAGUGUUAACAUGAGAAUGGAUAAAUGACAGGGAGGACACCGGAGAGAGGAAGAGAUUUUAAAUAACAGCGCGAAGCAGUCACAGUUUUAAUGGACAACAAGAGGAGGCCUCUAAAAUGCAUCUUUAUCUGUAUCCUGGUAGCAGUGGCAGUCCUUUUCGUCUAUAUCAAUGCUGACAGACAAUCAGAGGUCUGGGAUGCUCCGGCUCACAGGAAAUCGUUACCAGCAGAACCCCAGUGGGAGGAUCCCGGGCCGUACCAUGUGGCCUAUCCCCGAAACUACAAAUUCAUUAUGGACGACACGCCAGUUUGUAAGACCAAAACUCCUUUCUUGAUCCUGAUGGUUCCUGUUGCGCCCAAUGACGUGGCAAGUCGGGACGCCAUCCGGGCGAUGUGGGGAAAUGAGAGGCUGGUUCUGGGUCAGCUGGUGGAGACUGUUUUUAUCGUGGGUCUGCCUGGAGGAAGUGACGCUCAACAGCAGCAGGAGCAGCUCGAACAGGAGAAUCAGCAGCACCACGACCUGAUUCAGAGCAACUUUCAGGACAGCUACCACAAUCUGACCAUCAAGACCAUGCUCAUGCUGGAGUGGCUGGCUGAGCACUGCGACAGCGCCGCCUUUGUCAUGAAGGUUGACUCAGAUGUUUUCCUUCAUGUCGAGAAUUUAGUUCAAUUGCUGCUGGAUCCUGGUACACCGAAACGAGACUACAUGACAGGCUUGGUGUGGUGGCACAGCCCCGUUUUAAGAAACCCUUUUAUCAAGUUCUACAUGCCAAGAAGUGUGAUUGCUGAGUCAGAGUACCCUCCGUAUCCUCUGGGCAUGGCGUACGUCAUGUCUCUGGACCUUCCGGCGAAGAUUUUGAGAGUUUCGCCUCAGAUCAAACCCAUCUACAUUGAGGACGCCUACCUGGGCAUGUGUCUGAAGCGCCUGGGCAUUUCUCCCACUAACCCUCCUGACGACAACAUGUUUCUUGUCACCCCCGAGCAUCCUCUGAACAGCUGCAGUCUUUCAAAAGUGAUCGCUAUGACAACAACAAGCAGAGCACAGCUGAGGAGUUACUGGGAGCAGAUCGGACAGAAGGCUCAGUGUUGAACUUCAUCACCAAGACUGGUUUGGACUGUAGAAGGCAAGAUGUGACUUUUAAAAUGAACUAAACAGGAUUUGCAGCAUAUUAUGUGUUUGCAGGCUGAGCGGAAACACUUUGUGACUUUGUUGGAUUGAAAAAGUCACAAGGUUGUCAAGUCAGAUCAGCGCUUCCUGUCUGCAGUCAGCGUGAGCUGUGCAGCAGCGCAUUUUAUAAUAAUAAUAUUUUAUCAUAUUUAUAUAGCGCUUUUCUAGACACUCAGAGAUGCUUUACACCAUCAAU